AAGGAGGGGACAGGGAGCGAGAAGAGAGAGACUGACUAAGUCCAAAUCGCAGAAAAGGGGAAGUCUCCAACCACAGAGAGGGGAGGAGAAACUUCUGAACUCCAUGUGGCACUGAGUGUCACUCGCGCAGUCAUGGAGCGGGACAGAAUAGCAGCCCUGAAGAGGUCAUUUGAAGUAGAGGAGGCAGACUCCUCUUCCCACGUUUCCUCGACGCACAUCCGCCGGACACCCUCCAACAGCCAGUCCCGGAGCACCCUCUCUCCGUCUAGCAUCCGGCACCAUGAGCUGGGCUCCAAUGGAACCAAGCCCCCCGACCUCUUCAGGCCCAAGGCCCGGACUCCAGAACUUGUGGGACGCCGCGCCGUCCUCUCCGUAGACGUCUCAUCCAGCAACAACGGCAAAGCGGCUGACGGCUCAAACAGUGCUGGCAGUGCCCGCUUUGUCCUGAAGAAGCCAGAGAUUCGGGUCCAUGGCAUGGCACCUGAAACCCAAAAACAUGCCGACACGUUCAGCAGAACCCUGGACAGCGUCUCCCAGACUUCCCAGGCCCCCUCUACCCUCGGGUCCCAUGCCAGCGCCAAACUACCAGAGACCACGUUUAGGAAAAAUGAGCAGCCCAGUCAGGUUGAUGGGUCGCGUCUGGCCGAGGUCAAAGGUCAAGAGAACCAUCAUCAUCCUGCUGUCAGAACGAUGUGCGGGCCACCGAAUACCGCCCAACAGAAGUCACCCACCGCUGAUGGACACAGGUCAGAGAUCAUCAGCAGUUUCUACGGCAACAUGGCAGACGCAGCAAAAACAGCACAGCAGCCUCAGCCGGUGGGGCGGGGCGAAAAGGCAGGGGCGGAGUUUGGCUACGUGGGAGUCGACUCUGUCCUGGAGCAGAUGAGGAGGAAGGCUAUGAAACAGGGGUUUGAGCUCAACAUCAUGGCAGUGGGUCAGAGCGGGCUGGGUAAAUCCACACUGAUCAACACUCUGUUCAAGUCUAAAGUGAGCCGGAGGUCUGUGAAGCCUGAUGAUGAGGAGAGGAUUCCCAAAACCAUCGAGAUCAAAUCCAUCAGUCAUGAUAUUGAAGAGAAAGGGGUGAGGAUGAAACUAACAGUAAUUGAUACACCAGGAUUUGGAGACCAGAUCAACAAUGAGAACUGUUGGCAGCCCAUUAUGAAGUUCAUUAAUGAGCAGUAUGAGCAGUACCUACAGGAGGAGAUCAACAUUAACAGGAAGAAACGCAUCCCAGACACACGUGUGCACUGCUGUAUAUACUUCAUACCACCUACAGGACACUGUCUGCGGCCGAUCGAUAUUGAGUUUAUGAGGCAUCUGAGUAAAGUGGUGAACAUCGUUCCAAUCAUCGCCAAAGCAGACACACUGACACUGGAGGAGAGAGAUUUCUUCAGACAGAAGAUAAAGGAAGACCUGCGAGCCAAUGAGAUUGAGGUUUACCCCCAGAAGGAGUUUGAUGAGGACGCAGAGGACAGGGUGAUCAAUGACAACAUCAGGGAGAAAAUCCCCUUUGCUGUGGUGGGCAGUGACCAAGAGUACCAGGUGAACGGGAAGAGACUACUGGGUAGAAGAACACGAUGGGGUACAGUAGAAGUUGAGAACACAGCGCACUGUGAGUUCGCCUACCUGCGGGACCUUCUGAUCAGAACUCACAUGCAGAACCUGAAGGACAUCACUAGCAGUAUUCACUAUGAAGUUUACCGUGUGCGUAGACUCAACGAAGACAGCACGCAGACCCACGACGAGGAGGAUGGACAUCCUGCCGUCCAGGCCAACGGCAUCCCUGCUCACGAUGUCCUCUCGCAUGAGAUGUAGAUGUCCAGCCGUCUGUCCUUCUCUCCCUCCCUCCCUCCCUCUACCCAUCCCUCUAUCCUUUUAUCCACGCAUCCGUCUAUUAGCACUCGAUCAAAGGCCCGUGUGAAACAAGUCACUCUCUCUCCCUCUUUCCUGGGCGGAGCCUGCUAAUUGUGCUUAACCACGCCCACAUGCCUCAUGACCAAUCCCAGCUGAACCGUAGAAGGUGCGGCGACCGUCUGCAGUAGGAGCUUGAGUAUGAGUUUCAUACCUAGUGAAAUCUUCCUCCCCCUUCACUUUUCUUGCGUAAAGACGAGAUAAAGUGCUGUCAUGCCCGCGGUCGUGGUGCCCUAAUAACGUGGGGUCUCUGUUGGGCAUUCGGAGAAGAAAUGAAUCCUUUGUUCGGCUCACUGAGAGAGGAGAUGAGGGGUUUGAACCGGUGGUGGGAUCUGCUCCGCUCUGUGUCGAACCUUGGUUUUUUUUUUGCUUUCUGAAUGGGAGGAGAUGAGGUGUACAGUAUUCCCCAUCUCUUACACCUUCCCCCGAGUACGAUUGGACAGGGAUCAGAAAUAUGCCACACUGCCUUGUCUGAUCUAGUCACACAGGAUCCCGCAUAGGAAGGGUUUAUAGCGUGGGGGUGAGGACCUGAUUUGGGACGCAGCCCUGCACUCAUCUGCACGAGUCACCGCGGCAUGCGCUGGUGCAUAGCCGGUUCAGUUUCCCUGUACCCCCGAGGCCGAAACAUACCGUCAUGAGUUUAAAGGAAUAGCCAAAAAUGCUAAUGCCGCUAAUGAGAAGUAAAAGUUAGCAGAAAGUGGUUAACCUAAUGAAAAUGAGUUUUUACUCAUCUCAACCACAUCAGCAUUCUGGGUGAGGUGAUCUUUGACCUUUGAACUGGGUGAGGUGAUCUUUGACCUUUGUCAGCCUGUACUAGUAGGUUAUCCUUAAUAUUUUGCGACACAUUUUGUUUCGUGCCGUUUAUUGUGUUUCUCAUUUAGACUUGAUUUCUUGUAUCCACAAUUAAUUAAUUGAUAUUACACCUUUUUAAACAUUACACCUACACGUUACAGUCUGUGCAUACAUGUUACAAAUCUGUCAGGGGAGAGUUGUGUUACAGGUGUCACAAGGGUGUACAUGUUCCACGCUUGUCAGGAGUGUGUCAUGCUCUUUUAAGGAGGGUCAAAGGCCUGGAAUGGUUCUGGAAAACCUGGAAUGUUUCUGGAAGUAGAACCAUAUGAAAAUUGGACAACCUUAGAAACCUUAUUCUUUGUGUGUGUGUGUGUGUGUGUGUGUGUGUGUGUGUGUGUGUGUGUGUGUGUGUGUGUGUGUGUGUGUGUGUUUUAAAUUGGGAGUGUAUAUUUUUCAGUUGUUCUGUUUGCCAAAGACAAGCUUCCCAUUUACAUUUCAGUGUCUAGUAUCAUGUUUGAAUUCUCCUCCUGUUUUAACCUUGUACUACCAUUUUUAUGUUGUUAUUAAUAGUCAGUAAUAUUACUCUGUUUAUGUUGGAGGGCAGAGGUAUGCACUUCUGUACUGAUAUAAACCAAAUAAAUGUCUCUUUGUGUUUUAAAAAGAAACUAUAUGGUAAUGAUUUGUACAGAAAUGUGUAUAAUCUAUGUAUGCAAUGCUGUUUCAUUUCUGCUGGACAUCUACACUCUUUCAUUUAAACUGGUGAUUUCCCCUCAAA